AUGCAUCUCGGUUGGAUUGAUUAUGGAGUAUUGACUCUACUUUUAAGUUUUUCGGUAUGUAUUGGAAUUUAUCAAGGUUGUUUUCGAUCGAAACAAUUAACGACAAAUGAAUUUCUUAUUGCUGAUGGGAGAAUGAGAAUUUUACCAACUGCGAUGAGUUUAUUGGCAAGUCUUAUGUCUGCUGCAACUCUACUUGGAAUUCCACUAGAAGUUUAUUCAUAUGGUACAAUUUAUAUUUAUUGGAUUUUCGCAUAUUUUAUUGGUACUUAUUUAACAGUAAAUCUAUUCAUUCCAAUGUUUCGUCAGAUAGGAAAUUUAAGUAUUUAUGCGUAUCUUGAACAACGCUUUUCAUUAACAGUUCGUAUUGUUAUAACACUUAGUUACAUAUUCGUAACGAUUUUUUACAUAGCAGUUAUUUUAUAUGGACCAAGUUUAGCAUUAAGUCAAGUAACAGGUUUACAUAUAUGGUUAGCAGUUUUAUCAUGUGGAAUUAUUUGUACAAUCUAUACAAGUAUUGGUGGUAUGAAAGCAGUCAUAUGGACAGAUGUUACACAAACAGUAAUGAUGUUUCUUGGAGUUAUUUUAUCAAUCAUUAUUGGUUUUUAUGAUGCGGGUGGAAUAAAAAAUGUAUUCGAAAAUGUAAUAAAUGGAAAUCGAAUACAAUUAUCUACAAUUACAUUAGAUCCAUCAAUUCGAUAUACUGUUUGGAGUAUUAUUAUUGGUGGCGGUUUAAAUGCUACAGCUGUAUAUUCUUGUUUACAAACUCAAGCACAACGUUAUUUAUGUGUAAAAAACACAAGAUCUGCACAAAAAGUUGCUUGGACUAACUUCAUUAUGUGUGCAAUAAUGCUUUUUCUUUGUGUAUCUGUUGGAUGUAUUCUCUAUGCAAAAUAUAGUCAAUGUGAUCCACUUCGAGCUAAGAUGAUAACUAAACCUGAUCAACUUUAUCCAUUAUUUGUUAUUGAAACUUUGGGUCGAUAUCCUGGUUUAACAGGUUUAUUUAUUGCUUCCAUUUUAAGUGCUUCAUUAAGUACAGUAUCUAGUGGGGUUAAUAGUAUUGCAACUGUUCUUCUCGAAGAUAUCUACAAAAGAAUAUCCAAAGAAGACGCCAUAUCGGAUAAAAAACAAGCUAUAAUUUCAAAGAUAUUAUCUGUUUUUAUUGGUCUUCUUGUUAUAUUUUUGGCUUUUAUUGUGUCUUAUUUAGGUGAUAAUAUUAUAGUGAUAGUUUUCCAAAUAUCUGGGUCAUUUGCAGCACCAAUUUUAGGUGUUUUUUUAGUAGGGUUUUUUGCACCACGUGUAAAUAGUCGAAGUAUUCUGUUUGGUUUUAUUUUUUGUUUAAUAAUUCAAACAUGGAUACUUCUUGGUGCAACUUUAACAGUUAAACCAUCAAUAGGAAAAGGUGGACGAUUAUAUACAUCUAUAAAAGGAUGUUCAUCAUCGUUCAACACUAGUCAAUCAAUUACAACAAAUCAAAGUUCAAAUCCUUUCUUACCACUUUAUUCCAUAUCUGUUAUGUGGUAUUCUCUUAAUGCUGUUGUUAUCGUCGUUAUUGUUAGUUUAUUAGGAUCAUUUAUUUUUGGUUCAAAUGAUGUCAAAAUGAUCGAUAAAAAAUUGCUAUUAUCAUGGAAAGAUGUAUUUUCAAUUUUCUGGAAAAAUAAUAUACCUCAAACACGGGAAACAAAUGAACUGGAAACAAUCGAAGAAGAACCUAUGCUUUAG